AAAAAAACAUUAUAGCCAGAAAAAAUUUAAUUUGUUUAAUUUGUCCUUAUAUUACAUCGUAUAUUUUACAUCAAACUGAUAAAUUGGGAUCCAGGAUAGUUUCCGUCCUGGAAUUUGGAUUUUUCUUUCAUAUCUCACGUCCUAAUAGUAAAUGUCUCUCUGAAUAUAUGAUACUCUAUAUGUAUGUAUAAACGCAACUAUAAAUUGGAUGUGUCAACUAAGUGUGUAAUCUAAUUUGUAAUUCUGAGAUUACAAUGUGGUAUUUGAUUGGUCUGGAAGGUCAUUAUGUAUAUCUAAAACCAAACUAUGAGACAGUAUUUGGCAGAAAAAAUGGUGACGUUAUUUUGUCAAAUGAUACGUCAAUUAGCAAGGAACAUGCUUUAAUUAGUGUUACACAAUUAAGUAUUAUAACGGGUAAUGAACCCACAUCUGUAUGUAAAUUAAAAGAUAAGUCAAAAUAUGGCACUUUUGUUCUUCGUGAGGGGGAAAUAAUUCAAAUAACUGAAACUGAAUAUAACUUAAAGCAUCAAGAUAAAAUAAGAUUUGGUUUACUGCAUCAUAUAUUUGUGGUAAUUAAUAUGCCUAUAAUAACAACAACAUCUACUUUACACAAUGAAGAGGUAAAAAGACUUCAAAAUUUGAUGGAAGAAAUUGACGGUGUGAUUAUUUAUGACAAUGUUUGGAGAAGGGCAUCUACUUAUUUAACAGUAGGAAAAGCUGUUUUAACACUAAAGGUUGCUUGUGCUAUGGCAUCUGCUUUACCAAUAGUAACAAUGAAAUAUUGGGAUCAAGUUAAAUUUUCAAUAAAUAAUUGUCAACCACUUCCAGACCCAAAUAAUUUUAUUCCACCAAUUAACGAAGUAUUAAUCACUAAAGAAAAUAUAUCACUGUCUCAAAAUGAGAAAAGAACGAAACUAUUUGAGAAUUUGACAUUUAUACAUUUUAGUGCAACUCAAUAUAAAAAAUAUAAAAAAGUCAUAAAAAUUGCAGGUGGAAAAUCAAAAUUCUUUUACAGGGAAAGUUUAACAGCUGCAGAACUUUGUGUCCCAAAUAUAAUUGUGUUACAAUAUCCAAAUAGUGACAUGACACAAACCACCUAUGAAUCCAUUCUUUUUUCUGAAUACAGCUUAAUAAAAAAUGCAUUUGAAGCAAAUAAUUGUAGAAUGAUAUCAGAAGCUGAGAUUCCUCUUGCAAUAUUACACUGUUCAAGAGAAAAAUAUUGUAAUCCAAUGUACAAAUUCGCGAAACUCUUAAAGAGACGAAAACCAAAAUGUGACUCAUCUGAAAAUUUAAAUCUUGAUACACAAAAUUUGAUGACGAAUGUAAACUAUAACAUUCCGGUAAUGGCAUCUAUGAAUAUAAAACAACAUGUUAUUCCUGAAACAUUGAAUGUCAGUAGUCAAGAACCACUACAAAGGAUAGAUUUUGUUGCCACACAAGCUAAAGAAAAAGGAAAUCAUGACAAGUCAUGCAAUUAUGAUUGUACAAACAUAAAACAACACAUUAUUCCUGAAACGUUGAAUAGUCAAGAAUCACAACAAAGGGUAGAUUUUGUUGUCACAGAAGUUAAGGAAAAGGGAAAUUGUGACAAGUCACGCAAUUGUGAUUAUGCAAACAUAAAACAUGUUAUUCCCGAAACAUUAAGUUCUAUUAAUAGCCAAAAAUCAAAUAUAGAUUUUGUUGUGACACAACCUACGAAAAAACAAAAGUACAAUAAGUCAUAUUACAUAGAAGAAACUCUUAAUGAUGUUUCAACAACAGUUGCAAAUGUUCAAAUUAUACAAUCUUCUAAUGAAAACAACUCUAAUGUGUCAUUACAAACCGCACAAUACUCCAAUGAUGAUAAUCAGAAUUUACAUAAACACAAAAGUACACAAGAUAAGAAACAAUUACAAAAACUAACAAUUUUAAAUGAUAAAACUGAACUGAAAGUAAUUCAACCAAAUCAAAAUAAUAUUACAAAUUCUAAUAAAGAUCUCACAGACAAUAAUUCAGACGAUCUAACGAGUAAUUUAAGAGCUAACAAUAGGGAAAAGCAAUCAACAACUUGCUCAAUUGAUAAUUAUAUAACUCCAGAAAAUUUGGAAGAAACAAUAGAAUCACACUCGAGUACAUCUGAAAAUCGUACUGAAGAAGGAGAGAAAAAACGGAAGGAAAGAGAAAAUGUUUCCACACAGGAAAAUAAAUUAUCAAUACUUCGAGUUAAUCCUGGUUUUAAAACAUUCAAAAAGGCUACCAUUAUAAUUCCUCAACAGAGGAUAAAAAUCAAUAAUAUGUAUGUGUGGAACAAGCGGGAUUCACGAAAUAUAUAAUUUAUUUACAAGG